AUGUUCAGUCCUCUCGUCAAUGCUUGCGCGGACGGCCUCCUCACCGCGGUGGAAACACCUCCGUCGAACGGCGGCGGCAGCAGCGGCAGCAGCGCCGCCGGCUCCCCGGCGGGGCACGGCGGGACCGGUCACAACAUUAUCGGCGGCGGGGGGCGAGCGGGGACUCGAAGUGGCGGGAGCGUGGGCUUGGGCGGCGCCCGCACCAAACGAGAAGCCCAACAGGCCUUGGCCCAUCAGCAGCCGGCCGGCAGCGUUCGGAACGGUGGGGGGGCGGGGGCGGGGUCGUCGGGCACCAUGCUGGGAGCAAUGCUUGGCGGUAGAGGGGGGCACAAGAAGCAGAAGCCCCCCGGGCUGAGGAGGGGGAAGUGGACGCCCGAGGAGGAGAAGUACGCCAACCGGUUAAUCCAAGAGUUCAAGGCGGGGCUGUUGCCCCUCACCGACGGAACGACUCUCAGAACGUUCCUCAGCAUAAUGCUCAACUGCGACCCCAUGCGCAUCUCGAAGAAAUUCGUCGGCUCGAAUUGCAUCGGGAAGCAGGUGAGCUACAUUAUGGCUACAUAA